UCGGGGGAUACAUGACUCCAGAGGAAUUUCUCCCCCCUUCUCCCGUCUUUUGUUCAGCUGCGUUUUUUGUUUUUUUUUUUCCCCCUCUGAGGGAGAGUGGACAGAGAGAGUCAGAGGAGUGGAGAGGGACGCAGAUAGAAGAUGUCGUCGGAACCAGCACCAAACCCCGACGCCACCUCCUUCCCAACGCCAACUAUCUCCUUACCUUUGGGACUGGGGGUGCUGAGGACAUACUCUGGAGCGCUUGUCUCUUUGGAAAUAUUAUUCGGAGGUCUGGUAUGGAUCUUGGUGGCAUCCUCCAACGUGCCCGUCCCUUUGCUCCAAGGCUGGGUGAUGUUUGUUUCCAUCACCACCUUCCUUCUGUCCUCUUGCUACCUCACUUUGCUCAUCACCGGAUUGGCUGACCGCAUCAACACGAACUGGAACUUUGUGGAUUUGUUUUACCACUUUUUAGCUUUGCUCUUCUACUUUUCUGCGUUUGUGUUGGAGGCGGCAACGACGGCAGCGAAUGGAGGAGCUCAUGUCAACUUGCUACCAAACAGCACCGAGUCCGUCCUGUGUAUAACCUACCCCCGGGGCAACAUUUUCACUGUGAUGACUUACACACAGUACAGCAUUAACGUGACAGCUACGAUAUUUGCAUUUUUUGUGACUCUCUGCUAUGGUUGCAGUAUGGUUAUGGGAUUCAGGAGAUGGAUGAAGUAACCAGGACGACGAACAUAAAGUAACAUCCUAACAACAGCAUGACUGUCUUAUACAAAGCAAUGUUAUUCUUCCGGUGAAGUACACACUGUUAUUACUCCAACGUGAUGCUUUUGUCACAUAGCAAACCCCACACAGCAAUCAUACUUUUCUGUUAUUUAAAAAUGUCUCCUAUACACCAAAUGAAUCCGUUUUAGAUAAGUUCAGUCAAAUGUUCCUCAGCGGGAACCCACUGGAAAUUAGAAAGAGACCAGAGAUGGCUUUAUACUGUAAAGCUAUAUUUUUAGACUUUUGACUAAUUUUGCAAAAUGAAAUGCAUAUUUUACUCCUUACUAAUUAAAAAAAAACAACGAUCUAUUGCUUUGAAAAACUUGGUCUUAGCUGCGUUUCUUGAUGUUUAAAUGUAUCUGAUACUACUAUAUGUUGCUUUAAGGACUGUCAGAUAUUCUCAUCUAAUAUGGGAAUAACAGCUUUUCCAGUAUUAUAACAGACACAUUAAAUUCAAAUUUGGCAUGCACUGAAUGUUAUGAUUGAAGUCCUUGCUUAAGUUGAUCUUUGGAUCUGUUGAUUUCACUUUAAAUGUAAUCAUAUAAUCCUGUCAUCAAUUAAACAGAAGAUAGAAAAUUUCAUAAAUUUUCAAACGUCUUCAUUUAGGUGGAUCUUUUAUCUGCAUAAGUUUUGGAAAGCAUUUAAAUAGUGUUUUAUAUUGAACUGUUGUAUUAUUUAACUGUGUUGAUCUAACUGAUUUUAAAUGUCACAGUGUAUGAUCUCAUUUAUUGUGCACUUUUUGUUUGUAUUAGACUAAUUAUUUAAUAGAUUUUUAAUUUGAAAGUUUGUCUUGACUCCUGCUACUUUUGAAAACUGAAAUGA